CUUGAGCUUGAGCGGCAGAUUCUGAAUCCUGAACGAGCCGAGACAGCUCAGUCCGGGACAGAUAACAAAGUAGGCGAUGACAGAUAUGCUUAUGACCCAUCCACUACCAACCCGGAAAUCGAAUUCCGCAUAUUUGAAGAAGCGACACGUAUCAAUGGUGAUAUCGAUCCUCUGUUUAUCAGCCCUGCUAAUCGGGACUUCAGCCAGCUGCUGAGCCCGACAGCCGGAGGGGCGGUGCAUAACCUAGACAAGACCGGGCCGAGCUCCAGGGGAUGGACAAGAAAACACAAAGAGGUUCAUAUUAAGACUAUGGGAAGUGCGGAGUACGAUCAAUACGAGAGACUUCUCCGAGGCUUGAGAAAAGUUCAGAAA